AUGGAGAUAAAUCCCUGCCUUGAAGCCGCCAACUCAACGCACAACAUAUCAACAACCAUGGACGACAACAACAGCACGCGCUGUUACAAUCUAACCGAGCAGAAGAAUUCGAGCUUAGAGGAGGAUUUGGAGUAUGGCGAGAAUGCGCAAUUUCUGGCGCUGGCGUUUAUGAUCAGCGAUUGUGUAAAUAAAUAUUAUGUGCCCAUCAUUUGCUGCACGGGCAGCAUUGGCAACAUAUUGUCGGUGUUUGUGUUCUUCAUGACCAAGCUGCGUAAAUUAUCGUCGAGUUUCUAUUUGGCUGCGCUGGCCAUAAGUGACACCUGUUUUCUGAUUGGCCUGUUUGUGCAGUGGCUGAACUUUCUCAAUGUCAACAUCUACAAUCGCAACUACUUUUGCCAGUUCUUCACGUUCUUCAGCUACUUGGCCAGCUUCUGCUCGGUGUGGUUCGUGGUCGCGUUCACCGUGGAGCGCUUCAUAGCUGUCAUGUACCCACUGAAGCGACAAAUCAUGUGCACGGUUAGGCGCGCCAAGAUAGUCCUGCUCGGCUUAACAUUCGCCGGCUGCCUGCACUGCCUGCCCUACAUACUGAUGGCCCAGCCCGUCUACAGUGCGAAGCUCAAUGGCACCGUUUGCGACAUAAAUACCACAUAUAAGGAACAAAUGGCGCUGUUCAAUUAUUGGGACUCCAUUGUGGUCUAUGCGCUGCCCUUUACCACAAUCACAGUGCUGAACACUUGCACCGGUUGCACUGUCUGGAAAUUUGCCACAGUGCGGCGCACGCUGACAAUGCACAAGAUGAAGCCGCAGACGAGCAAUCUGCAGUUGCAUGCAACAAGCAGCAGCAGAGGCAGCAUCACAGCAGCUACCAGCAGCACCAGCACGUUUCGCAAUGCGGCCUCGCUGAAGCGUCAGAAGUCAAGCUGCACUCAUCCGAGCGGACAGCACAGCGUCGCCGCCCGCCCAUCGACAGAGCAGCGCCAGCAGCAGCAGCAGCAGAACGAUAUUAGCUCACAGCCGCAUAGCGAGUUAACACAAAAGUCAGGACGCCGCAAAGUGAACUCAUCGCAAUUGAAAGUUACCAAAAUGCUGCUGAUUGUCUCCACAGUCUUUCUGUUGCUCAAUUUGCCAAGCUGCUUGCUGCGCAUCGAAGCAUAUUGGGAGACACAAACUCCGUCCAAGGCUCGGAGUACAACAAUUGUGCUUCAGUAUAUAUUCAAUGCGUUCUUCAUAACAAAUUUCGGCAUAAAUUUUGUGCUUUAUUGCGUUAGCGGGCAGAAUUUUCGCAAAGCUGUGCUCAGCAUUUUCCGGCGCGUAUCGGCGACACAACGCGAAGGCAACACUCAAGUGACAGUUUCUGAGUAUUGCCGUAACACGGGCACUUCAACUAGACGACGCAUGAUGACGCAACAUUGCUGGAAUGAGAUGCAUGAGCUGCAUCCACUGAAAUAAAUCAAAUCAGACUCUCAACAUUGAACCCCCUGCUGCUUGUGAAGGAAAACGAGACAUACGCAAAACAAAAACAGUCAAACAACUAAAAGGUCGAAAAUAAAGAACA